UGGCGUAUUGUGGUAUACGUUUCUGUGUACAGUAAAACAUAAAUAAUGAUUCUUAGGCGGAAAAUACGUGAAAUGUGCUUUAAAAAUUAUUGUGGCUAUUCCAAAGUAUCAUGAUUAAUGUUUAUUAGUGUAAAUAAACGUGACAAUGGACAAGAAAAAUGCUAUUCGGAGGGCAAAGAGGCCUUCGAAGGCGUUAGAAGAAAAUUAUUGGGAUUGUAGUGUUUGCACAUACAGAAAUAACGCGGAAGCUUUUAAAUGCUCAAUGUGCGACGUUAGAAAAGGCACGUCUACGCGCAAGCCGCGCAUCAACCCCGCUCUGGUGGCGGCGCAGGCUGCAGGCAGCUCGCAGAAGCGACCGCGAUCUUCUUCUAUAAAGAAGAAGCGCAGACAUCCACCACGCCUCAGCAACGUCGAUAGAAGCUCCGCGCAGACUAGAGAAGUAACAGUAAGUGGGGUGACAGUUGUGAUAACAGAAUAUAAGCCGAAGAAAUCAGUCUCCAGCAGUUCCAGUGAUGUGGAGUCUUCUAACGAUGCUAGGACUUGAUCUCAACAAUUGGAUACAGGUUAAAGUAUUUCUUAUUGGAAUCAAUAUUCGAUCCUUGAGAUGGUAGGGUUAGUACCUUUUUACUCUGGUCAAAAACAAUGGAAGGUUACACAAUAUUUUCGUUUUAAAUCGUUUUGGUUACUUUGUACUGAGUACAAAAAAAUCUACAGCCCUUUAAAUAAUAGAUCCAGUUUUGCAAUUUUAAUUACGAUGUUUAAAAAUCUUUAGAAUCGAAUAUUGGUUUCGGCUGUAGGACAUCAAGUAUCAAGAUUGUUAAUUUCAACUUUAAUUUGACUCGUAAAAUUGGCUAUUUUCAAGUAUCAAGAUUUUAAAGUCUUAUGAUUAUCUUUGCAGAAUUACAAUUCAUUACAAUUGAAUCUGCAUAAGGUGGUAAUAAAAUCCAACUUAAAUAAAACCUUUUUUCUUAUAUUUUUUUUUGGUAUAUGUCUACUUUAAAACAUAAAAAAAUACAUUUCAGUGAUUCUAAGUUACAUAAAUGAUAAAAAUAUUUAAGCGGCAACAUUUUGGUGUCCCUACGUAUUUUAAUUAGCCCUAAAAUAUUCAAUAAAUUGACAAAGUUGAAGAAAAAAAGUCAUGAAAAAACUUUAAGAUAUUGUGUAACCAUCGUCUAAGAAUCAUUAUUUUUAAAAUGUCAUCUGAUAAAUAACACAAGAAAGUGAAGAAAACAAUAGCCUUAAUAGAUAGAAUAGGAAAGAAAUGUUGUAGAUAGUUUUUGUAACGUAUUUUGAAUUUGGAAUGUUGUGUUGGUAGUACUGUAAAGGCUAUUGGCAUGUUUUUCUUUUUUAAUUUAUUUUAUUUUGUCUGUGACAAUUCGGUUUUGUAAAUUUAU